UCCUGGCCGCCGUCGGCAAGCGAAUCGCUGAACGUUGGUUUCGUGAGUGCCGCGGGCCCCGUUUGGCGAUCUUUCUUGCCGCCACGACGCGAAACGAAUCGUGGCCGUGAGUAACCGUUAGGGGGAAGAGGCUGGAAAUGAGGCCGAAGACUUUCCCAAGGAGACCCUUUUUCGUCUUUGAAGGUGACUCAGUCGACGACGCCGAGUGCGGAUCCUGUUUUUCCGGCUUCUGCGAAUCUGGAGGCAACUGCACGCCGUGUGCCCCAGAAAGCAUAAUCGAAGUGGCCACCUCCACAAUGGUUACUGAUAGGAACAGCCCGACUUCCCUCGGGAUCUCUCAAAACGAGCAGUGCAACGUGGUGUGUAAAAUCGCUGUAGGUGGUUCUGUGUGUCUCUUCAUCCUGGCCGGAGCCCUGAUUCUCUAUUUUAAGAAAAGGAAAACUACUUCGGUUCAAAAGCCCAUCCCUGCUCCGAAUAUCUACAUUAACAAACCCCAUUUUGGUAAUUUUUUUCCCCGAUUAUCGUUCUGCUGUUUAUCCGCUACAGGUAAUCCUCGACUUAACCGACUGUCAACUGAAUCCCAGCCUGAUGGGAUCUGUAAUCCAACCCAUCUGGAGGGGCUUGUAUUGGGUGUGUUAGACUGGGGUCCCCAGUUCCGUAAGCCAGUGGCACUGAUUCCCCGCUGUUUUCCAGGCAAUCCGGUCUCCUCCCUUCCCGAGUCAGCCUUGCUGGUGGACAAAGCACCCGCGCCAUCCCGCUCUCUACAACAAGGGCGGCAUCUCUACACCGUCAUCAACGCCGUGCCCGUCCGACGGUGGAAAGAGUUUGUGAGGGGCCUGGGGCUGCGGGAUGGAGAAAUCGAGCUGGUGGAACUGGAGCACUCUCAAUUCCGCGAGCAGCAGUACGAGAUGUUGAAACGUUGGUGUCAGCAGCGGGGCGCCUCGUUGAAGGCCAUUUUGGACACCCUGGAGGCCAUGCAGUUGGGCGGCUGUGCCCAGGAACUGAGGGAGAAUCUGCAGGUGGAGCAUCUCUGGUGUAACCCGUAAGGCUGACGGCAAUGGGGACUGUCCUCGUACGGGGGGGAUACGUUGCGGUCGAGUUGGUGUACGAGCGGCGGAAUGGGACAACUCAUGUGGCCAUGACCAUCUCGCCACAGUCCACUCGCCUCAAUGAACUCGCCACGGUCAUCUUGAUGCAGCCAACUCGCCGCAGAACAAGUCUCCGCGAGAAAAUUCUACACGGGAUAACUCGACACGAUAAAUGUUACCCGCCACUGUUUCUUUGACAUUAUUUCCAUUUUUGUGGGAAAGGGUUUAGUGGAAAUGAUGCUGAAGGAACUGUGGGCGGAUAACAUUUAUCGCAUCGAGUUAUCCUGCGUGCAAUUAUGAUUGUAGCGAGUUGUCCUAGACCCCCCCCACGAGCGUAGCGUUGUGGAUGUACGGUGCCACACUGGAAAUGCUCAGGACCAAACUCCAAGGGACGGUACCCGGUUGCUUGAACCCUCGGCCUCGUUCACAACUUGCUCGUUUGUCUUCUCUGCAAAAGAUACUCCAUGGAUCUCCUUGCGAAGGGAAAAUACGAACGGACCGCGGGUGACGCAUUACCGAUAUCGACCGAGCCGUCAAAAACAUUUCGCCCAACGGUGGGCAACUCAAUACCUUACUAGAAGAGCCAACAAUCUUGUUUUGCCUGACAAAACAAGAUCUGUCCGAUAUUACGCUAAACAACUCGAGGUAUUACUUGAAUUUUAUUAAUGGUAUUUCUUUAUAGAGCCGAGGUGGCGCAGUGGUUAGGGUGCAGCA